AGUAAGUAGAAGCGAAACGAAACACGAGUGGUCUUUUGCCUUAUCAUUUUGUGUUCUUCUUUUCUUCUUCUUCUUAGCUUUUGCGUGUCGUGACUCUUGAAUCGUGAUCAUGGACUCUCCGUUCAAGCCCGAUGUACUCAAAGGCAAGGUUGCUCUCAUCACCGGCGGCGGAUCCGGCAUCGGGUUCGAGAUCUCCUCUCAGUUCGGCAAACAUGGAGCUUCCAUCGCCAUCAUGGGUCGCCGCAAACAAGUCCUCGACGCCGCCGUCUCUGAUCUCCGAUCUCUCGGGAUUCCGGCUGUUGGGUUUGAAGGUGAUGUUCGUAAGCCAGAGGAUGCGAGAAGAGUCGUUGAAUCAACUUUUAACCAUUUCGGUAAGGUUGAUAUCCUCGUCAACGCCGCCGCUGGAAACUUCCUUGCUGCGGCUGAGGAUCUGUCCACCAAUGGGUUCCGAACAGUUUUGGACAUUGAUGCUGUAGGAACAUUCAACAUGUGCCGUGAAGCACUCAAGUAUCUUAAGAAAGGAGGGCCUGGUAGAGACUCAUCAAGCGGCGGAGGUUCGAUUCUCAACAUUAGCGCUACUCUGCACUACACUGCUUCUUGGUACCAAAUCCAUGUCUCUGCAGCCAAGGCUGCAGUUGAUGCUGCGACAAGGAACUUGGCAUUGGAGUGGGGAACCGACUACGAGAUCAGAGUGAACGGGAUCGCACCAGGCCCCAUCGGAGGUACACCUGGAAUGAGUAAACUUGGACCAGACGAGAUUGAGAACAAAGCCGGAGAUUAUAUACCUCUCUACAAACUUGGGGAGAAGUGGGAUAUCGCCAUGGCUGCCCUUUACCUCAGCUGUGAUUCUGGGAAGUAUGUGAAUGGACUGACAAUGGUGGUAGAUAAUGGACAGUGGCUUAGCAGACCUCGAAAUCUGCCCAAAGAAGCUGUCAAGGAACUCUCUCGUGUUGUGGAGAAGAGGUCCAGGGCCAAGCCGACCAGUAAACUCUAAAGUUCCAGCUGUGUUGUUGUGUUAAUGUAUUAUGUUGGGGACAGGCGAGAAAUGGUAUUAAGAUUCUGUUGGUUGAAGACACAGUACUGUAAUGAUAUGAGACCAGUAAACUUGAAAAGCAUUUGUGUUUCCCAUCUCAAAUAAAAGCACAUUUUUAUCACUCC